AUGAUUGUGAAUGGCCUCAUCGUCGACUCUCCGUAUGUGCGUUACACUGACAAUGAGAUCGAGACAAAAUUUCGUUAUCGCAAGAAUCAUUUUACCGAAACCACUAAUGGUCUCCAAGUAACUCCAAAGGAACAUGAAUACGUGUUCAAAACGCAGCUGAAGCCGAAGAAAACCGGAGUUUUACUGGUUGGCUUAGGCGGGAACAACGGGUCCACUACUGUCGGUGCAGUGUUUGCCAACAAAAUGAGGAUGACUUGGAGCACCAAAGAAGGCACUCAAGCAUCUAAUUAUUUUGGAUCUAUUACCCAGGCGUCGACCGUUCAUCUAGGAUGGGAUGGUGAGCAUCAAAUCCAUGUUCCUUUCAAUGAGAUCAUUCCAAUGCUAUCACCAAACGAUCUUGUAUUCAAUGGAUGGGAUAUUAACAACCAUAACCUCUAUCAGGCAAUGCUCCGAGCUAAGGUUUUCGAACCUGAGCUACGAGAGAAACUUCGCCCUUACAUGGAGCCGAUCGUUCCGAUGCCGUCAAUCUACUAUCCGGAUUUCAUCGCAGCAAACCAAGGCGACAGAGUCAACAACGUUAUCGCUGGCACUAACAAAAAAGAGCAUCUCGAACACAUUCGUCGUGAUAUACGUAAUUUCAGGCAGAAGCAUGAACUGGAAUGCGUGGUCGUAUUAUGGACAGCGAAUACGGAACGCUACACUGAUGUUGUGGACGGACUAAACAUGACGGCGGAGCAGAUACUUGCUUCAGUCGACGCAAACGCAGAAGAGAUAUCGCCGUCAAAUAUCUUCGCCAUCGCUUCCAUCCUUGAAGGAGCUCAUUACAUUAACGGAUCUCCGCAGAACACGCUCGUACCCGGAAUCGUGGAGCUAGCACGUAGGUAUAAUGUGUUCGUCGGAGGAGAUGACUUCAAAUCCGGACAGACCAAGAUAAAGUCGGCGCUUGUCGACUUUCUAGUCAGUAGUGGAUUAAAGCCGGAGUCCAUCGUCUCGUAUAACCACCUAGGCAACAAUGAUGGAAAGAACCUGAGCGAGGCUAGGCAGUUUAGAUCCAAGGAAAUUAGCAAGUCUUCUGUUGUCGACGAUAUGGUACAAGCAAAUAAGAUUCUUUAUCCUACUGGACAAAACCCAGACCAUUGCAUAGUUAUCAAAUAUGUGCCAUUUGUUGGUGAUUCAAAGAGAGCACUGGAUGAGUACAUCUGCAGCAUUUUCAUGGGUGGACGUCAGACAUUCGUCAUUCACAAUACUUGUGAAGAUUCAUUGCUUGCAGUGCCUUUAAUCUAUGAUCUUGUAAUAUUGACAGAACUUGCAACGAGAAUUCGUUUCGCUGACGCUAACGAUGGCAAGUUCCAAUCCUUCCAUGAGAUUCUGUCAAUUCUCUCGGUACUCCUCAAAGCCCCCGUGGUUCCUCCUCGUACGCCAAUAACUAACGCAUUCAUGAAGCAAUUCGCGUCACUAACCAAGCUAAUCACUACUUUAGCCGGAAUCGCAAGUGAUGUCGAUAUGCAGAUCGAAUUCUUUACUAAACUGCCGAAGGCACAUUAA